AUGGCUAAUAAAAUGGUCGGGAAGGGUAAAUUGCCGGUUGAAUCGGAAGAUGCGCAAAAGCUAAGAUUUCAGGUUGAGCUAGAGUUCGUGCAAUGUUUGGCCAACCCCAAUUAUUUACAUUUUUUAGCUCAACGAGGAUACUUUAAGGAUACCGCAUUUGUAAACUACUUAAAAUAUCUGCUGUACUGGAAGGAACCCGAGUACGCGAAAUACCUCAAGUUUCCCAUGUGUCUCUACUUUCUGGAUCUUUUACAAUACGAGCACUUCCGGCGCGAAAUCGUAAGUGCACAGUGCUGCAAAUUUAUCGACGAUCAAGCCAUCCUGCUCUGGCAGCAUUACACCCGUCGGCGCACGCGGCUCACGUCACUCGGCACAACCAGCCUUACAGGAUUGGCGGUUGGGGGACAGCCGGUCGGAGGCGGAGUCCAGGGAACGCUACUGUCGAACGAACCAGCCAUUAUGCCCAACAGUAGUAAUAAUGGUAGUAAUAAUGGAAACACGAUCGGUAACAACGGUGGUGCCAACAGCGGUGUUGGUAGCAUCGGUAGCAACAAUAAUGGUAGCAGCAACAACGGUCCAAGCAGUGGCAACGUGAAUGUGCCAACGUCGAUAGGUCAGCAACAGCAGCAGCAGCAACAGCAAAACGGUGCCGGAAUUACGCAGCACAACGGUGUAGGCGGAGGAGGAGGAGGAGGUGGCGGUAUGAUGAGUAAUGCAUUGGGGACGAUCGGUAGCGGAAGCGGUAUACCUGGCGGAGGCAUCAAUCAAAAAGUUCCUUAA